CCUAAGGGAAGGGCACUGAGCAGGAAAAAGAAGUCAGAGGAAAGUCUUUUUGAAGGAAAGUAACCAUGGACCCGAUCCCAAACUUUUCCAUAGAAACAUGGGUACUUCUGGCUACCAGCCUGCUGCUCUUCUACCUAUAUGGGACCUAUAAACAUGGACUUUUUGCAAAGAUGGGAAUUCCUGGACCAAAACCUUUGCCCCUUUUGGGAAACGUCCUAUCCUACCGCAAUGGUAUGGGGAACUUUGAUGUAGAGUGCAAUAAAAAGUAUGGGGAAAUGUGGGGAUUUUAUGAUGGUCGACAGCCAGUGUUAGCUAUCACUGAUUCAGAGAUGAUCAAAACAGUGCUGGUGAAGGAAUGUUACUCUGCCUUCACAAACCGCCGGAGUCUUGGUCCAGUGGGAUUCAUGAGAAAAUCCAUCUCUAUAAGUACAGAUGAAGAAUGGAAGAGAAUAAGAACUCUGCUGUCCCCAACUUUCACCAGUGGAAAGCUCAAGGAGAUGUUUCCCAUCAUCAAACAAUAUGGAGAUGCCUUAGUGAAGAACCUUAGACAAGAAUCAGAGAAAGGCAAGCCUGUCACCAUGAAAGAAAUUUUUGGGGCCUACAGCAUGGAUGUGAUCACAGGGACAUCAUUUGGGGUGAACAUUGAUUCCCUCAACAACCCACAGGACCCCUUUGUGGAAAAAGCCAAGAAACUCUUAAAUUUUACUAUUUUUAAUCCACUGAAUCUCUCUGUGGCCUUAUUUCCAUUCCUUACCCCAUUAUAUGAGAUAUUAAAUAUAUCUGUGUUUCCAUGUGACUCUAUGGAAUUUUUCUGUGAAUUUGUAAAAAGGAUGAAAGAAAGUCGUCUGGAUUCAGACCAGAAGAACAGAGUAGAUUUUCUCCAACUUAUGAUGAACUCUCAGGAUUCCAAAGACACAGAGUCACAUAAAGUUCUAUCUGACCUGGAGAUUGCAGCCCAAUCCAUUGACUUUAUUUUUGCUGGCUAUGAGGCAAAUAGCAAAAUACUUGCCUUUAUCAUGUAUGAAUUGGCCACUCGCCCCAAUAUCCAGAAGAAGCUGCAGGAGGAAAUUGAUGCGGCUUUACCCAAUAAGGCACCUGCCACAUACGAUGCCCUGGUACAGAUGGAGUAUCUGGACAUGGUGGUGAAUGAAGCUCUCAGAUUUUACCCCAUUGCUAACAGAGUUGAGAGAGUCUGUAAAGAAGAUGUUGAAGUCAAAGGGGUGUACAUUCCAAAAGGGACAGUGGUGAUGAUACCUGCCUUUGCUAUUCACUAUAACCCCAAGUACUGGCCAGAGCCUAAGGAGUUCCACCCCGAGAGGUUCAGCAAGAAGAACAAAGACAACAUUGAUCCGUACACAUACCUGCCCUUCGGAGCUGGGCCCAGAAACUGCAUUGGCAUGAGGUUUGCUCUCAUGAACAUCAAACUUGCUGUCAUCAGAGUCCUGCAGAAUUUCUCCUUCCAACCCUGUAAAGAAACCCAGAUUCCUCUUGUAUUAAGCAAGAAACCAUUUCUUCAACCAGAAACUCCCAUUGUUCUAAAUGUUAUUCUGAGAGAUGGACCAUAAAUGGAACAUGAAUUUCUUUCAAGAGUACUGCUAUGUUCUUCAGGAAUGCCAGAGACUUUAGCUUACUGUGUGAGUAAAAUAAUGAUGAAGGUAUGCUGAUUGAACUGCUUUUGAUGGAUGCUCAGGAGUUCAGUAACUCAUUAAGCCUGCUCAGUGUUUGCUAUAGUGUAGAACAUUAUUUAUUUCAUAAUGUGAAGGAAACAACUACUUUGUUGCCAGAUAAGUAGAUUCAGCACCUCUGGAUCAUCCAGGAUUAUGUUUCUACUUUCAUCAACUCCUUUCAACUUAAAAUGAACAUUUCUCUAUAA